AUGGCUACUCCCCAGUCAGUUUUCACGUUCGCCAUCUGCAUUUUAAUGAUAACGGAAUUAAUUCUGGCCUCAAAAAGUUACUAUGAUAUCUUGGGUUUGCCAAAAUCGGCAUCAGAGCGCCAGAUCAAGAAGGCCUUUCACAAACUGGCCAUGAAGUACCAUCCUGACAAAAAUAAGAGCCCUGAUGCCGAAGCAAAAUUCAGGGAGAUUGCAGAAGCAUAUGAGACACUGUCGGAUGCUGACAGGCGGAAAGAGUACGACUCUCUUGGACACGGUGCUUUCACUAACGGCAAAGGACAGAGAGGCACUGGAAGGCCUUUCGAGCAGUCAUUUAACUUCAAUUUCGAUGACUUAUUCAAAGACUUUGGAUUUUUUGGUCAAAACCAAAACACUCGGUCUAAGAAGCACUUUGAAAAUCACUUCCAGACGCGCCAGGAUCGUUCCAGCAGACAGAGGCAUCAUUUCCAGGAGUUCUCUUUCGGAGGCGGACUGUUCGAUGACGUGUUUGAAGACAUGGAGAAAAUGUUUUCUUUCAGCGGCUUUGACUCCGCUGGCCGGCACGCCGAGAACAGAUUCCAUGGAUCUAGCAAGCACUGCAGGACUGUCACUCAGCGCAGGGGAAAUAUGGUCACUACGUACACUGACUGUUCAGGACAGUAG